GAUACAAGUAGCAAGCAACACAGAAAUACCAUCUAUUCAUAAGAUCGGUGCUGUCAGUGUCUGGCUACAUAAAUUCCUUCUUCCGCCGAGGUCCCACGGAAAGAGGCAGCACCGACAAUCACAGCCGGUGGUGAUUUCCCGCUGGAGCAGCAAUGCGGGGAAAGCUGAACCGAGGCGCUCAUCUCAUCUAGGGCGAGUAAGCGGCACGUAGAACCUCUGCUGCCAUACAGAACUAUCGUUGCUGCUAUUGAAGAUACACAGACUGAAACGUAUCAUGCCGGGGCGAAGACAAUCUCCGAACAAUACGCCAACGCGGUUGCGGCAAAUAGCCCUGGUUGUCAAAGAUCUAGAGCAGGCGCGACGCGAGCUUACGCAUGUCAUUGGAACUGAAGUCAUAUUCGAAGACCCAGCUGUAGCUCAGUUUGGACUAAAGAACUUUCUCGUCCCUAUUGGGGGCGACAUCAUAGAAGUUGUCUCCCCGGUCCAGAACAACACAACAGCAGGUCGGCUCUUGGAGAAGCGCGGCGAUGGCGGCUAUAUGAUCAUAAUGCAGACCGAAGAUGCAAAAAAGCGGCGCGAGCACAUAGAAGCUAAUCAAUUAUCCAAGGUCAUCUGGGGCUACGAAAACGACGAUGUGGCAUGCGUCCAGUACCAUCCCAAAGGGCUGCAAGGUGGAAUGAUGGUGGAGCUGGACUCGCACGCGUCGACCAAAAACAACCCCACGCCGCUGAAGGAUCGAUUCUCGCCAUGGCAUGCUUGUGGACCCGAUUACGCAAAGUACUCAGAGGGAAUGAAGCGCACAUCGCAUCUUAACCUCGAGGGAUGUGUUCUGAGGCUCGCCCCUGGAGAUCUAGGGCAUGAGGCUGCUGCUCGGCGAUGGGAGGAAGUCUUUGGCGUUGGAAGAAGUAGGGACCUGCUGGCUUUUACGAACGCGAGGUUAGGGUUUGUACGCGGCCAAGACGGAGAGCGAGAGGGUCUCGUGUCGGUCACGGUUGGUGUGAAUGGGACGAGGGAGUUUCAUGCGAUUUUGGACAGGGCAGAUAAGGCAGGUUUGUGUGGUGAUGGAUGGAUCAAUAUGUGUGGGGUCAAGUUCUAUUUCACAUUGACAGGCCAUGGCCAGGCGAAACUGUAGCGGGCAAGAUCGCGAGUUCUGGGGUUGAUCCGUGGUGUGCUUCGCGCCUGCAAUGACUAUCGGCAGCCUGAAAUAGAAAGCGCGAGGC